CUUUACCUCCACGUCGUAACCUAAUGCGUUCCCCUCUUUUCAGCGUCCCUUCCAAGUCAUUCAUUAGUCUAUUCAAGCCUUCCAUCUUGACAUAUUCUCGAGUGAAGGUCCCAAUGGUGAUUCGGCCUAUAAUGACGGCUGCAAAUUCGGAGAUCAUCCGAGCUCGUGACCCCAAUACCCUCAGCAAUUACACGAACUGGCGGACGCAGCACAUCACGGCGAAUCUGGAAAUUGAUUUUGAGAGAAAAAGGCUAUGGGGCAACGUGAUACUGAAGCUGAAAGCACUGAGAGAAAAAACAGAAGGGACUGUUGUUUUAGACAGCAGUUUUCUCGAUAUUAAGGAGGUCUCGAUCGAUGGAAGCCCUGCGAAAUGGGAAGUCAAGGAGCGUGUAGAACCAUAUGGAAGCCCUCUCAGCUUAUACCUGGGACGAGAAUAUUCCAAAGACGCAGAAAUCAGCAUUGAUGUGUCACUCAGCACAACAGACAAGUGCACUGCGUUACAAUGGAUGACUCCCGCGCAAACUUCGAACAAGAAACAUCCUUAUAUGUUUUCACAGUGUCAAGCUAUCCAUGCCCGAUCUGUGUUCCCGUGCCAGGAUACUCCUGACGUCAAAGCUACUGUCGAUUUCAACAUUCGCUCUCCCCUUCCGGUUGUUGCUAGCGGCCUGCCAACGGGAUCAGCAAAUUUCAUCCCAGGGAAAGAAGGCGGAAGCGGAACGCUUCUAUACACAUUCAAACAGGCUGUUCCCAUGCCCAGCUACCUUUUCGCCAUAGCUAGUGGUGAUUUAGCUAGUGCGUCGAUAGGCCCUCGAAGCAUGGUAGUCACCGGCCCGGAAGAGCUUGUGGGAUGCAAAUGGGAGCUCGAGGAGGACAUGGAAAAGUUCAUGGAAGUUGCUGAGAAGAUUGUAUAUCCCUAUGCCUGGGGAACAUACAACGUCCUAGUCCUUCCGGCAUCAUUCCCCUACGGCGGGAUGGAAAACCCUAUCUUCACAUUCGCAACGCCAACCAUAAUAAGUAAGGAUAGGCAGAACGUCGAUGUCAUUGCGCAUGAGCUUUCCCAUUCGUGGAGCGGAAACCUUGUCAGUAAUGCCUCUUGGGAACAUUUCUGGUUAAACGAAGGUUGGACGACGUAUCUCGAACGGCGUAUUGCUGCCAGUAUUCAUGGUGAAAACCAUCGGGAUUUCUCUGCUAUCAUUGGUUGGAAAGCUCUUCAAGAUAGCGUGGAGAGAUACGGAGAGGAUCACGAAUUUACAAAACUCAUUGUCAAUCUCAAAGGCCAAGACCCUGACGAUGCAUUCUCAUCCAUUCCAUACGAGAAAGGCUUUGUCUUUCUCUAUCAUCUAGAGAAGCUUGUUGGAAGAGACAAGUGGGAUAAAUUUAUUCCUCAUUACUUCAAUACGUGGAAAUUUAAGUCCCUUGAUUCAUACGAAUUCAAGGCUACGCUAUUGGAUUUCUUCGCAUCCGACAGUGAAGCAUCCAAAAAACUUAAUGAUCUUGACUGGGAUACUUGGUUCUACAAACCUGGUUAUCCGCCUAAACCAGAUUUUGACACUUCCCUCGUGGACGCAUGCUAUGCGCUUGCGGAACGAUGGAAGAAUAGAGCGUCUGUGCCUUUUGAGCCAAAAGCAUCCGAUAUUGAGUCCUGGAUGGCGAAUCAGUCCGUGGUGUUCCUUGAAAAGAUUCAAACUUUCGAAAACCCACUGCGUGUUGAAGAUGUGGAGCUCAUGGGUAAAACGUACGGAUAUGCUUCCAGUGAAAAUGUCGAGCUCGUGAGCCGCUUCUUCGGAGUGGGUUUGCAGGCAAAAGACAAGAACGUAUAUGAACCUACGGCAGAAUUACUAGGCAAAGUUGGUCGAAUGAAAUUCGUACGUCCACUGUACAGGAUGCUUGAGAAGUGCGACAGAGAGUUGGCGCUAAAGACCUUCGAAAAGAACAAGGACUUCUACCACCCAAUAUGUAGAGGCAUGGUCGAGAAGGAUCUGUAUGGAAAAUAGCCGCAUAUAUUGACUUUACGUAAAUAAGAAAACAUGAAAAGAAAACUUCGGUUCAG